AUGCCGGUCCUCACGCAGCAGGAUAUCGACGAGUUUCUCUCGACCACCGUCUACGGCCUGCUAUGCAUUGCAAACAUGUCUGGGUCUGGAAAUUUUCGAACCUGUGAUGCUAAUUGUUGAGUUCACAACACAAAAAUUAUUUCUCAUGCAUACUAGGCAGCAAGAACAGUCAUGCGAAAACAGCAUGACAAUCUUCCAGACCGCCCAGACAUAUUUGCAUUUGAUACCUGCUGAAGAAUGACAAAACGGUCACGCCGCAGUUCAUUCAACGCCAGAAGGAGCUUUGCAACCUGCUGCAGCAAGACAGGCAUUUGAUCACCAUCAAGAGCUCGAAAACCAAGGUAUAGUCUUUUAUGGAAUUGUCGUGUGAACUUUAUUUCUUGAGAGCGGGUUGUAGCUGGAGCUGCGUUUCCUUUUUCUGCGAACUUGAUCGCGGAUCUCAUAGGGACUGACGAGUUUGGUUGCCCAGCGGCAGAGAAUCCGCAAAAAUGUUUACAAACGUCAGAUGUCUCUCCUGCAUGCGGCGGCGUCUAACAAUGCUCUGCUCCUAGGGAAAACUCUCGUCGACCACGUCAACGGGAUAAUACUGGGCUAUGACCCUUUUGUUAUCCACCGGAAAGUAGAGAGUGUCGCGUUCUUGUUCCCCUGGCAACCUUAACCCGUCAGCCCCCGUUGUUUCAUCUGACCAAGAAGGCAAAAAAAAAAAAUUUUGAUAGUAAUAUGGGAAUGGGGACACCAGUUUCAUAUCUUUAUCGUUUACGUCUACUGCACGACCAGCGUCACUGCUUUUCGAAUGCAUAUCGGAUCCAGACCAGCAAAAGCGAGAAAAAGAAGAGAUGGACAUCCGAGAGCAGCGGCGGGCCCUCGAAAAAGAGGAGCUAUGAUUUGCAAAAUCAUCUUCACGUCGCUCACCCCUGAUCUGUUGUAAUAUUUAACUUAGUUACAGUAAGUGAAUGGAAAUACUAGAAUUGUAAUUGUUUUGUUUUUGUUUACUGACUUGCAACACAAUCAAACUGGCACGCGUGAUGGCGACGAAAAAAGCGAUAAUCUUUUUGCAUUGCAUAGCAAGAAGAGAAAUUCCAGAAACAGGAGAACCGGAGGCGAAAGUCCGUGGCCAACAAUCCGAACGCGCUGGCCAACCUGCGACCCUCGGAGAUGGUCGUGGUGCGCUCGAAGGAAAACUGGGACCCGCGAGGCGACGACUUCGUCGAUCUAAUCGAGUCCGAAGACCUCUCCAAAAUGACGCCCCUCAUGUACGCCGCCUUCGAAGGGUGCGAGAAAGAAAAAACCUCCCUCACCUUUUCAGUCUCUUCUCUGCUUCAGUGAUUUUUGAAAUUUCUUACAAAGAACAAUGGUUAAAGCUGCACCAGCACGGACGAAAGCAACUUCAGUUUUAUCAAGGAUGUGGAGCUUCUUUGCUUCGGCAAGAGCAACUGCUUGAGGGCUUCUUUGUAAGGUUUCAGGUGCUAAUGUUGCUUCUAAGAAGCGUGUGAGUUGUAACGCCCGGCUUUGAAAAAUUACGAUACGUACGAAUAGAGGGUUGACGAAGGACUUCUGAGACUGAUUUGUGAUCCAUCGUGAUUUUUCCCCUGCAUAAAAGAAAUUUGCCGUUCAUAGACCUGCUCUGCGAUAACGGAGCGGUAUGAGAAUGCACAACUACCUCCCCUCCUCUUCAUUGAUUUGUGAGACAGUGUGCCAAUGAAUGAAUCCAGCCCACACCACUUUUUAGCAGUUUUAGCAUGACAAGUGCUGGAGGCGAAAUCAAAGAACAGCAGCAGCACUACACUACUCCGCAGCACGGGUUCUUUUUCAUUUUCGUGCAGUAGGUGCAUAUAUUAAUUUUGCCUUUGCUUCUAUCUAUUUCUAUUGCUGGAGCUGCAGACCCCAGCCAAAUUGACAAGGAGGAGGUGCUGGGGCUGUGCACUCCCACAAGCGGAUCUGCUGGCACAGGACGAGCUCGGACAAACGCCACUGCAUUGGGCAGUGCAAGGUAGAAUCAACUGGCAUACUAGAACUAGUUCAUUCUUGUUUAGGUGGAUCACGAGAAUACGAUUUCUACUUGUAUGUGCCACAACGACAACGAAGAAUUUUUUUCGUUGUGAAGACUGACACAAGAAGAACUGAAUCGUACCAAAAUCAGGUGGCGAGCACAGUGCGAUCCAGCUUCUGCUCCAGUGGGAGAGAGGCGCUAUUCCGGCAAAAAUACGACUACGAGUCAACAUCGCAGAUUAAGAUUUUCCGAUUUGCAUUUGAAUUCGAUGAAAUGGUACUGAAUAGGGACACAUAGCACUUGUUUGUGAACGCAUGUUGUAGAGGUGGUCCAUGGUUGCAGAAUGAAGAAGAAGUAGUCGAAGUGUGAUAUCCCGCCCAAAUAAAACACAAACCAAAGAACGCCAGUUGAACUUACGCUUACCCAAACCUUAUUCAACCCUGAAGAAACAUACUGAACUGAUAGCGCAACCCCCGCCAUACGAGAUCUAAAUCUUGCCUCGUGGGCGCUUUUCUCCGGCACACCUGCACAAGCCCUGUGUCUUUCGGACCGCCUGGGGCAGACGCCCACGGACAUUGCCCGGACGUACGACCGACGAUUUUGGCACAUACGAAACCACAAGAGUUUGCUGGAAGUCCUGGCCAAGGAAUACACCACGAUUAAAAUUCCGACAGUGGGUAUUGAAUUUUGACAUCUCGUUUUCAUAUGUGGAACUUUUUCGAUUUUGCCGCAGAUGAUCCUCAACUGUAAGUAAUUCAAGUUUGAUGCCUCAAUCGUCUUCAUCAAGAUGAAAGACUUCUAUUUAGAAGCCGCAGGGUCAACAAGUAGAAGUACAGGUGGGGAAAAGAUUAAAAAAAAAAAGAAUGACGCUUUUCUUCUCAGGUUACUUGCAUCGGCAGGAGUUGAAGGGCAGAUUUCUCUCCAGAUUCGGCGAAUGGAAUAUCCAAGCGAAAUGUUGAGUUGCCUUCGUCCAGCAAUUUUCUCAUCUUCAUGGAGAAGGUGCCAUUUCUCAAUGCAAUAAAGUCACACUCACGCGGCCUUUUUUCUGCAGCUGUGUUAAUAUGACAUCCGCGUUGUAUCUAUGCAUUUUAUUCUGCGACGCAGGCAGUCGCGUCGUGAUCAUAAGUAUCACCAUGCACCUGAAUUUCAAAUUAUUGGAUUUGCAACACAAUUUCCGUUUCGUGUGGAUAUUUCAAAGAAGAAUAGGCGACAUCAAACUUGCCAGCAGUAUUCCCAGUCGGUCGCCACCAAGAACGGAAUUUCGCGAUAUAGGCGGCGGGUGGAUACCAUAAAGUGACGCGUCGUCCUUUUUUUCAAGAAGUUCCCAAAGCAAAGAGAUGAAGGCUACAUUAUACAACUCGAGAUGUCUCUUUGGCGUUGGCCCCAAAAAAUCGUGAAUCCGAGAAGUAUAAAUGAUUGUUGGGACGAACGCACUUACCACGACCGCAAACGCGACUGCGCCGAACGCAAAAAAUUAUCGCAAGAGCAUUUCCAGACCGUGCAGGUGCGCCGAUCAU